UGAAAGCUGGCAGGCGCUAGCCGCAAAGCCGCAGUUCAAAGUCUGUCGGCCGCGAUUUCGUGUCUCGGUUGGUUUCCGUUUUCAUGGCGUCCGACUCGAUCGCAUUUGUGUCGCAUCCUCAAAGAAGGCCUCGCACAUAGGAGCAAGUCAGAAAACCGUCCCCAGAAGGUGACCGGACGCAUUCUCAGUUGUUCCAGUCAGGCGUUAUCAUUAGCCCUCGCCACUCCGAACGGCAGCUGCGCAUUUUCUUCUGCUAUCUGUACUGCGUCAGAGAUUGUCAUUGCAACCUACCUUGAAACUUGCGCCUCAACUUUGCAAGGAUUAUAAACACGACUACGUCACCAUUCAACUGUCAAAAAAAAUCGUCUGUGAGCUUGGGAUCUCCUAUUUUCGAGGAAGGAGCUGUGGAAGAAACCAUCAGUUUUUAAAUGUUCCCAGUCCUUCACAUUCAUUUGCGAGUCUUCAGUUUUUUUUUAAGUUGCCAACGUUUGAAAUGACUGCGCUUUCCAAAUUCAGAUUCUUCUCCUGCAAAUUUUGGACUGAGACGGCUUCAAGGAAAUUUGAGGAAAUAAAUAUCUGAGUACUGUUGUGACCGACCUGGGAACAUACAGCUUUGAAAAGGGGCACUGUAAUAAUGUCAUCCUCCACAGAGGUAACUCUGUCUCAGACCAGUUCCCAGCAGCAGUCUGUUAGUGGUGAUAUACUGAAUGGAAUAGGUAGUAAAGCCUCAACCCCUGAACUGAGCACCGCUGUAUCAGCUUCCAUGGGACUGUUCCUGGAGGAUUCUGAUUUAAAAGUAACAGGAAAUAUGGAAAACCAGCCACUGCUUGUUCCCAGCAAUUUCAGUUCAGGAGAAACUAAUUUCAGUCUUUUGGAUGAGAGUAUUGCAAAACUGAACAGGUCAUCAGGCGACUCAGGGUUAUUAGAGGUUGGAGCUGGCAGCUUUUUCCAUAAAGCAGACGAUUUAACAGGAAUGGAUAAAAGCGGAUUCCCUUUGGACCUAGAUACCUUUGGGAAAGACUCUGAUUCUAAUCAGAGGAUUUUUGAUGACCAAAAUACCCUUGACAUACUCCAGGAUCUUGACUUGCCCAUUUCCCCUAAAACUGAGAUGAAUGGCAGCCCUUGGAACUUAAAUGCUUUUUAUGAAGGGGAUGAUAAUGCUUUGCUCUCUCCACUAGUUGCAGAGGACCCUUUUCUUACAGAUUUACCAGUUGGAAAAGACUGCAAACCUUUUGUGAGCAAUGGCAAUAACAUCACAGGGGUUUCACUUCCCAGUUCAUCAAGUCCAUCUGUGAAAAUAGAAAAAGAUGGCUAUAUUCAUUUGUUCACACCUGGGGUGAUCAAACAAGAGAUGGCUACUACCAGCUACUGCCAAAUAAGCAAUCUGACCCCUGAUAGGUCCAGCCCUCUGAAUUCACCCAUAUCUGUUUGUGGUGUGAGCACUUCAGGGGGGCAGACCUAUCACUUUGGAGUGACCAGUUCAUCAUUGAUGAAUUUACAGCAACAGCAAGAUCAGAAGCCUAUUUUUAAAUUAUUACCAUUUUCCACUGUGGCUGAGCCUUGGAAUAGAAGCGAGGAAUACAGGGAUUCCGCCGGAAAUAUGGUGGGAAAUCAAGGUUGUUCUGCUACCUUUGUGAGUGCUGCUGCAAGUUGUGCAUCAUCAACUUCAGGAAAGUCCACGGGUCCAGUCCGCAAGAUUUGUCUUGUCUGCUCUGAUGAAGCAUCUGGUUGUCAUUAUGGUGUCCUUACGUGUGGUAGCUGUAAAGUAUUCUUCAAGAGAGCAGUGGAAGGACAACAUAAUUAUCUGUGUGCUGGUCGAAAUGAUUGCAUAAUAGACAAAAUUAGAAGGAAGAACUGCCCUGCCUGUCGUUUCCGAAAAUGCUUACAAGCAGGAAUGAAUUUAGAAGCAAGGAAGACUAAAAAGCUGAGCAGAUUAAAGGGGGUUCAGACAAAUGCCGAACAUGUGGCACCACUUCCCAAUGAGCAGCCCCAGCCUCUGGUACCCAAGUCUGUUGCACAGCUGACCCCAAGUAUGUUGUCGCUCCUGAGGGCUAUUGAACCAGAGACUCUGUAUUCAGGAUAUGACAGUUCUUUACCUGAAUCAACCACACGCUUUAUAAAUGCACUGAAUCACCUGGGGGCCAGACAAAUGGUGGCAGCAGUGAAAUGGGCCAAGGCUCUGCCAGGAUUUAAAAGCCUGCACAUUGAUGACCAAAUGGUCUUGCUGCAGUAUUCCUGGAUAUUCCUGGUGACAUUUAACCUUGGAUGGCGCUCAUAUAAUCAGUCCAAUGCCAACAGUUUAUACUUUGCGCCUGACCUCAUUUUAAAUCAAGAUAGAAUGAACAGCCCCUUAAUGAGCGACCAGUAUAGGCAAAUGCUGAAAAUUGCAAAUGAACUCUUGCGACUCCAGGUCUCAUAUGAUGAAUUUCUCUGCAUGAAGGUCCUUCUGCUGCUUAGUACAGUUCCAAAAGAAGGUCUUAGAAGUCAAAAAGUAUUUGAUGAUCUUCGCAUGACUUACAUAAGGGAACUUGGAAGAGCCAUUGUAAAGAGAGAGGAAAACUCCAGCCAGAACUGGCAGAGAUUUUACCAGCUUACUAAACUCUUGGAUAGUAUGCAUGAAUUGGUAGGCGGUCUCCUGAGUUUCUGCUUCUACACAUUUUUGAACAAAACCCUUAGUGUGGAGUAUCCAGAGAUGUUAGCUGAAAUAAUCAGCCACCAGAUACCAAAAUUUAAAGCUGGAAAUGUCAAGGCGCUAAUGUUUCAUCAAAAAUGACUGCCUUUCAACAUGUAAAGUUGCCUUAAAUGAUUUAAGUUUGGUAUUCCUCUUGAGGCUCAGCAAAGAAUGUGUUUGCCUUUUUGAACUAAAUAUGCACUACAUGGAGCACCUAAAUGGCCAAUGCAAGAGUGAUGGACAUAAGAAUAACAGCAAAUUUUAAACAUUUGAUAUUUAAUUAUUUUAAAAUUUUACCUAUAAAAUGUAAAUGUUAACUUGUUCAGAAAGGGAUUUUUUAAGGACAUUUUGUAUAGCUCAAACUAUAAUUUUUUUUUUUGCAUGCACACAGCUAAAAGUUUACAGUUGUAUAUCAGAAAGGGAAAAGUUGUGCCUUUUAUCAGCAUUUAAUGUCUAAUCUUAGCUGUUUUGUAGUGAUCACCUGUAUGUAUUUUGCAUACAGAAGAUAUCGCUUGGUCUCCUUUUUGUAAAUGAUUUCUUUUAUUAUUUGUUUUUGUAGUGGUGAUUUUGUUUUCUUUUCAAAGCUGUUUUUAUUUUUUUAUAUAAGCCAUCUUAAGUGUCUCUAAAAUGUACAUUAUUGUAAGUGAACUUUUCGUUAUGGAAAUAUAAUAACUCAUUUUAUUCCAUCAUCCUGAAGAGGAGUUUGCUCUGAUCCCUUGCUGAAUAUGAAACAUUAAAUCUGCUUCUGUUCCUAAAAGCCUGAAUUUGGUAAAUUGAAAGCCAUCAAUCAACAAUGUAACCUAAAGCAGGUCUGUUAUUUCUUAAAAAUGACAGUUGGACAAAAAUACGAUGAUGAAAACAAAUUUACACCCUGAUUCCAUUAUCUCAACCCACAAACAGGGCUACCACCCUUAAUAUUUAAUUGAGGUAAAAUAUAAAGUUCAUACAUUUUAGAAACUACUGUCAUUAAUUAUGAAAUACAGUGGUGUGAAAAACUAUUUGCCCCCUUCCUGAUUUCUUAUUCUUUUGCAUGUUUGUCACACAAAAUGUUUCUGAUCAUCAAACACAUUUAACCAUUAGUCAAAUAUAACACAAGUAAACACAAAAUGCAGUUUGUAAAUGGUGGUUUUUAUUAUUUAGGGAGAAAAAAAAAUCCAAACCUACAAAAAAAGUGUGAAAAAGUAAUUGCCCCCUGAACCUAAUAACUGGUUGGGCCACCCUUAGCAGCAAUAACUGCAAUCAAGCGUUUGCGAUAACUUGCAAUGAGUCUUUUACAGCGCUCUGGAGGAAUUUUGGCCCACUCAUCUUUGCAAAAUUGUUGUAAUUCAGCUUUAUUUGAGGGUUUUCUAGCAUGAACCGCCUUUUUAAGGUCAUGCCAUAGCAUCUCAAUUGGAUUCAGAUCAGGACUUUGACUAAGCCACUCCAAAGUCUUCAUUUUGUUUUUCUUCAGCCAUUCAGAGGUGGAUUUGCUGGUGUGUUUUGGGUCAUUGUCCUGUUGCAGCACCCAAGAUCGCUUCAGCUUGAGUUGACGAACAGAUGGCCGGACAUUCUCCUUCAGGAUUUUUUGGUAGACAGUAGAAUUCAUGGUUCCAUCUAUCACAGCAAGCCUUCCAGGUCCUGAAGCAGCAAAACAACCCCAGACCAUCACACUACCACCACCAUAUUUUACUGUUGGUAUGAUGUUCUUUUUCUGAAAUGCUGUGUUCCUUUUACGCCAGAUGUAACGGGACAUUUGCCUUCCAAAAAGUUCACCUUUUGUCUCAUCAGUCCACAAGGUAUUUUCCCAAAAGUCUUGGCAAUCAUUGAGAUGUUUCUUAGCAAAAUUGAGACGAGCCCUAAUGUUCUUUUUGCUUAACAGUGGUUUGCGUCUUGGACAUCUGCCAUGCAGGCCGUUUUUGCCCAGUCUCUUUCUUAUGGUGGAGUCGUGAACACUGACCUUAAUUGAGGCAAGUGAGGCCUGCAGUUCUUUAGACGUUGUCCUGAGGUCUUUUGUGACCUCUCGGAUGAGUCGUCUCUGCGCUCUUGGGGUAAUUUUGGUCGGCCGGCCACUCCUGGGAAGGUUCACCACUGUUCCAUGUUUUUGCCAUUUGUGGAUAAUGGCUCUCACUGUGGUUCGCUGGAGUCCCAAAGCUUUAGAAAUGGCUUUAUAACCUUUACCAUACUGAUAGAUCUCAAUUACUUUUGUUCUCAUUUGUUCCUGAAUUUCUUUGGAUCUUGGCAUGAUGUCUAGCUUUUGAGGUGCUUUUGGUCUACUUCUCUGUGUCAGGCAGCUCCUAUUUAAGUGAUUUCUUGAUUGAAACAGGUGUGGCAGUAAUCAGGCCUGGGGGUGGCUACGGAAAUUGAACUCAGGUGUGAUACACCACAGUUAGGUUAUUUUUUAACAAGGGGGCAAUUACUUUUUCACACAGGGCCAUGUAGGUUUGGAUUUUUUUUCUCCCUAAAUAAUAAAAACCAUCAUUUACAAACUGCAUUUUGUGUUUACUUGUGUUAUAUUUGACUAAUGGUUACAUGUGUUUGAUGAUCAGAAACAUUUUGUGUGACAAACAUGCAAAAGAAUAAGAAAUCAGGAAGGGGGCAAAUAGUUUUUCACACCACUGUAUAUUAUAUCCUGUCUUAUAUGACAUGCACUUUUCUGUGGACUGGAGUUUAAAAGCUGAGGUUCUGUCACUGCAUACAAACUGUUUACAGUGGAUGUCUUUGGAUUGCGAUAAACAGCGGAUUUCUCCUGGUGUCUCUGUCUUACUGAGCAAAUAAACUGAGUUGGGGGGGAUACAUAAGCGUCAGUCUGUCCCUUGUUUUGCCUGAAAUGGACUUGAAAUCAUUCUGUCUGAGUUGUUGGUUUUAAUUUCGAUUAUAAAUUAAUGUAUGUCCAGUUUUUUCCAAAAAAAAUUUGAAGUUCUGUAUUAUAAUCAGCUUAAAGAAUAGUACGUGUACCAACAUUUGCACUUACUCCCAACAAAUUCUCAGCUUCACAUAAGGUAUCUAGUAUGCUUAGCCAAUGAUUUAAAAUGUCUAGCAUUUAAAACUAAAGUAUAACCAUUAUCUGAGUCUACUGGAUUUAAUAUUACAAUUAAUCUCUGCACAAGCAACAAUAUCAAAGUAAAAUUACUAGACACCAUAUUACUUCUAAAACAUUAGUGGUCAUAAAGACCUGCACAAUACUGCUACAUGAAGCAGUAGGCAGUACAUGUUGCAUAGGACAGUUUUACAUGAAGGUUUCGACAUCUUUAAGACUGCAAACAGUUUGAUUCUUCUGAUGCUCUUUGCCCACACUGUGAUCACUUUCAAGUUCCCAUCUCCUGUGAUAUGUGAUAGGCAGUUGAUAUGGGCCAACCACUCAGGUGUGCGUCUGCUAUGGCAGAAGCAUAUCUUCGAUUAAAAAAAUUAUUUAAGAUAAAUAGUAACAAGCCAGAGGCAAAAUCUUAAUAUUAAUAAUAAUUAAAUGUAUUAAUAAUUGUAGGAAAAAAGAGAGGAAGUUGUCCCCCCAAAAAAUAAAUAGAGAGAGAGCUCCAGUAAAAGGCAGCCACCUGGCAUCUCAGAAUGUACAGUAUAGUGCACUGUACCAAAUAGAAGAAUGUCUAGAUUUCAGUAAUGCAAUCAUGUAUGUAUAAAUCUGGCAUUAACACUGAAUGUGUCAUUUUUAUUAUUAUUUUUUUUUACCAUAGCAUGUUCUAAUCAAUAAACAUUUUUUUUAUUGUAUGGUUGUUCUUGCUGGCAAAAUAUUUUAAAUGAAGCUGAGAAAUGUUAAGAGGUGAUCAAAUAAGACAAACAGUGAAUACAAGCUUGCAAAUUCUGACCAGCUAACUAAGUACAGUGGAACCUUGGUUCACGGCCAUAAUUCAUUCCAAAACUCUGGUCGUAAACCGAUUUGGUCGUGAACUGAAGCAAUUUCCCCCAUAGGAUUGUAUGUAAAUACAAUUAAUCCGUUCCAGACCAUACGAACUGUAUGUAAAUAUAUAUAUUUUUUUAAAAUAUAAGUUUUUAAGCACAAAUAUAGUUAAGUAAACCAUAGAAUGCACAGCGUAAUAGUAAACUAAAUGUAAAAACAUUUAAUAACACUGAGAAAACCUUGAACAACAGAGAAAACUAACACUGCAAUAGUUCGUGCUAUAGAGCUACCAACCGCUGGCUAAAAACACUUUUUUUUUAACGAGUUUUAAGCACAGGGAAAAAAAUGAACAUUUGAAAAAAUCCGUAAUUUAAUAAACCACCAAGAAAAGUGACAUUGCAACAAUGCACGCUACGAACCGAUCGCUGUAAACAGAAGUGAAAACAAUAUCAAGCCCAGUGCAUUCUUUAACUGCCUUCCUACCUUAUGCAUCCAGCUCUCUCACGCUGCUUGUGUGUCUGCGUCUCUCUCUCGUGUGUGUGUGUGUGUGUGUGUGUCGCACGCUCUCUCGCUCUCUCUCUCUUGCUCGCUGCACAGGAAAUGCACAGGGAGAGACUGAACACGUACAAACCGAAAAGGAAACUGGCUUGUUCGUAUACCAAGUGGGUGGUCGUGAACCGAGGCAAAAGUUUGGCGAACUUUUUGGUCAUAAACCGAUUUGUACGUGUUCAGAGACGUUCAUGAACCAUGUUUCUACUGUAUAGUCCUAAGUGCAGACUCUCAAGUUUGUAAAGAUAUUUUUUCCUCUCAACUUAAUAAGUAAUAAGCUGUAAUGGUUAUUGUCCAUUUAUUACACUGGAGGGUUUAAGUUCCCAAAAAGUGGUAAAAAAUCUUAACUUUUGGAUAUUUUCAUUCACAUUAUUCUCUCAUUUUGUGAACACGUGAGUUGUCAUUAGACAUGAACACAAUCACUGAUAUUUUCCUUGUUAAAUCUUAAUGAUUUACAUUAUUUGAAUUUUAUUUCCUAAAUUAGGCCUAAACCAAAAGUAAUUGCAUGUGUUACAUUCCAAAUUUCCCAAGUUAUUGCUCUCACUGUAACUGUUUUUUGCUUAACAGUUAUUGUCACCACAUUUGGAGUUAGCACUUUAAAGAAGGAUAUACCGGAACACUUUCUGGUCAAUUUGAAUAUUAUACCAGAUCCAGAAGUCCAUGUAUUCUGUUGUUUGAUGAUGCUACAAUAGAAAAAUUGCUGAAUUAGGAUCCCAGAUCAUCAUUUACUAAGUAAUUUACGCUAUUUAGAUUCCAGUUUUUGUAGCCAACUCUCAGGUCAUUCUGUUUAUAAAAAAAAAAAGUCCCUUAAGCAAUGAAGAUGGAUUUGCAUGGGCUCAUUUAACAUUUUGUCUUCAUGUCAUUUAGCACAUUGAACAAAUCUCAGGACAUUCUACUUGGACUGCUUCUUUGGAAACUGCACCGCCAGCAAUGGGACAAGUAGAGAUGAAACAGAGAAGCACGCUAUAGAACAGAAGAUUACAUUUCAUGUGUACAUUUCAGCAGAUCAGAGCAUCCAUCCUAUCCACAGGCAGAUGUUUAGUUGCUAUUUCAGCUUGGUAGACUCAUCUUUUUAAAUGUAUGCCUAGGUUCCAAGAGUUUGAUUUGAAAUAAUGUAUCAAAUCAGUGAAUUAAUUAUACCAAAGCCAGGGUUGCAUUUUUCCAUUAUGAUUCCCUACAUAAGGCUGUUACAGUUGUGCCAUAGCCUGUUUAUGACUGAGAUUCUGGGAGUGACAAUUUUUCUGUUAAAGUCAGAUUCUGGGGCACUGUCGGUGAGCAUAAACAGUUAAUGUGCUCCUGUUGAAUAUCACUUUGUUCACACCAGCAAAUUAUGUGCAGAAUGUGCUUAUGUACUUCUUGUCUUACUUGUCUUCUUGUAUUGUUUCACAACAGGAGGCCCACAGGUUUUGUUUUCCAACUCUGGAAAUCAAAGCUAGAGCCUUCAUAUCAGCGUUUAUUUUAAUGGCAUCCACUAAAAAAGUCACCUUUACAAGACACUUGAAUAAAACGGGUGAUGUGAGAAACUAGAAAUUCCACCUACUUAUGUACCUUAAUGAAUAUCCCCAAUGAAAAGCAGACACCUUCAUCCAAAGCAGGCCACAUUUAUUAACCAGAAUAUAAAGUGAAUAAAAUCUAAAAAACACCUGGCCUCUUCUGGAAAGUAUGAGCAAAGUUUAAAAAUGGCUGCACAAAAAAAAAAUAAAAGGGAGAGUAGAGUAUCUUAAAAAUUAAUUCCACUCAAUACUUUUGAAUUAAUGUCUUGUCCAGUAUAUUGUAUGCACUAGUGCUUAAAAAAAGAAAUGGUACGUCUCAAUAUUAUUUUACCACGCAAGUUUUCUUUGCUUCAUUAUGCAUGUUUCCCACUUCCUGGGUAAAUAUAAAUGUAUACUGUAUAUUAUUUUUCUCUCCAUACAGUUUUGUUCUGUUGACUCUUUCAGAUGGUAAGUUGAAUUUUGAACAAUCUAAUAAUGAAUCAUGCGAUGACAAUGUCAGGUUGAACACUGCAGGUUUGAUCAGAACAUUUCUCACUUUCUCUCUCUCUUUAUAGAUAUAAUGUAUAUAUAUAUAUAUAUAUAUGUUAAUAUAUAUAUAUAUGCAUAUAUACAUAUGUGUGUGUGUGUGUAUAUAUAUAUAUAUAUAUAUAUAUAUUUACAUAUAUAAACAAGAUGUAUUAUGUAAACUAUAUUAGUAACUGUACAUAAAUUCAAUGAUUAUAAAAAUAACUGGUCAGAAAAUGAAACUUGUCCUCUAAUUCAAGCACUGUGACAUUUUAGGUGACACAAGGUUUUAACACGAGUAGAUAAAGGGCUGGCCCAGAGGUGUCACACUAAGCCACCUUCACCCUUUCUAGUUUUAUAUUUCAGAAAAGUGAACAGAACUGCUAUGGGGGCUUCUUCCAAGGGACAACAACACAUAUUAAGAUGUCCGUUUCCUUUCUACCAGUCAGGUGCCAUGUUAUGACUGCUCUGUGACAUCAGUCAGUGCCAUUGUUCAGGGACGCCCACCGCCACGUCUACAGAUAAGACACCAGUCGUGUGCAGGAGUUUUGUAUCACAGCACAUUUGUGUGUACAUGUGAGGCGUCCUUUUAUGAAAAAAGUGCAUGCAAGCUGAUGUGGGGGUAGAUGGCGACGGGUCUCCGAUUUUCAGAUAUCCUUUGGCCUGCUGUACCUCCGACACCCCCAAACUUAAACGGAAGUCUGCACAUGACCAGUCUAAGAAACCAUUCUAAUAUUUUCUAUUUCAUUGUUUGCCUGUACUUUUUAUUUUUUUUUGCAAAACUAAUUAAAUAUAAAGAAACAAACCUGACUGCAGUUUGAAAUGACUGACUAUCUUAAAGCAGUGGUUUCGAUGUAAUACAUGAUAUAGUGCCUUUACGUGCUUAGAAUCUCAGCUGUACAAUUCCAUCGAAAAGCGGCUUUAAAAACAGUUGAAUUCUCGCGAGUGAGUGUGAUUACAAUGGGGGGCUUAAUUGAUUUCAAACACCCAGCAGAGUCUGGUCAGACUGAUGGCUUGGAGAAGUUGCCCAGAGUGGGGGGACAGCCCUCUGUGAUUGGCACUCGAAUGCCGCGGCAGGUUGAGACCACUGUUUUAAAGAGAAAAUGAAAACGCUGCAGGGUUGAUGCAGUUUGGCUCUUAGGAGUUUAGAGUAAAGUCACAAUCAUGUGGCCAGCAAGUGGCUGGUCUGCACCCUUUUGUUAGGACAGGGCAGGGGGUCCGAUAGAAGUGCCUGAAUAACGACACCAGCAGCGAGUCAGGGAGGCGAUGCCAGGAGUGUCGGGUUUGCUUUGAGGCAAUCGUUUCAGUAACUUGGAGCUUUCGUCCCCAGGAGCUGAUGUGGCACAAAAGAACAAACGUGUGACAUCAGACACCUGGUGGGCUUCAAUGACGGGUCUUUGAUUGAAUCGUUCCUGGGGGAUCUUGGCUUUAUUUAGUAUAUAUUUAACAUUUGAGUAUUAAUCAGAAGUUUUUUUUUCCUUCUAUGUAAAUUGUAAAUAAAUGUAUAUUCAAUGUAUGUGGAAAAGAAAUUUAAACAUUAUCAACCAAUACAGAAAAAAAUGAUUUAAACAAGAAAAAAAAAAGCUGGAAAUUUUUAUUUUGCCUAGUCCAGUACUUAAGUGACCAAAGUUUCACAAGAUUUUCUACAAGAAUAUAUAAAGUCCAUAAGAUUAUGACAGGCCGCACUGUACAGCGUUUGUCCUUUACAGGUCUCAUUUCCAGUUUGGAGUUGUUGUGCGCUUUGUGUUGAUAUUGCAGUUCAUGCAGAAGCGAAUGCGAGUGAGGAAGACGAGUGCAGACCGGGAGUGUGUGUGUGACAGUAAGGAAGACAGUCAUUGACGCCUUUGUUAUCAAGUCUGUUUCAGUUGUACUCCACCUCAAUGAUCCAAUGUAUGAUGAUUUGUUUUAAAUAUAGUUUUCUAUUGCUCCUGUACUAUACUUGUUUAAGUGUCAAUCUUUUCACCCACGGGUAUUAAAUGUCAGCCUGUA